CGUUGCGCGGCGCGUCUAUUUUCGUCUCUGGAUUGUGAUUCGUGGAUUGUAAUGGUUAGCAGACAUUUUGUUUUACGGAGGCAACGCAAGCAAAUAUUUAUUAUAGACAGUGCAAAAAAUGCCAUUAAAUGCAAUUGGAUGGACAUCCGAAGAAAAUAUUGCUCUCAUUGAAUUGGUGAAGCCUCAUUCUUUUCUCUACAAUCUUCUUGACCCGUCACGUAAAAAUAUUUUGGCUCGAGUAUCAACUUGGCAAGAAAUAGCUGAAGCAUUAUUAAAACCAGUUGAAGAGUGCAAAAAGCGGUGGCGUGGUCUUCGAGAUAGCUAUAUGAGGUGUAAACGUUUAGGUACAAUGCAUAAAACGAAAACGAAUAUAAAUGAAAAACUGCAAUUUCUUGAUUCAUUGCCAAUUGAUGGGACUACUAGUGAUUCUGAGGGAAGGUUUGAGGAAGUGAACAUUGAUGAUAUAAAUGAUGCAUCAGAAAUAUGUACGGAACAGCAAGUUAUUACCGACAAUCAAGAAUAUUAUGAGAUAACACUUGUGGAUGGUCCCAAACAAGAAGAUUCAAAAAAUUUAAUUAAAAUUCUUCCAAAAACUGAAAUGAAAUUUCAACAAAUAUUAAAUUCGGGGGAGCCUCCUCGAAAAAUAGGAAGAAAGAAUUCUGGUAGAAAAAAAUCUAUGCCAAUGCCUAGAAACUUAACACCUGUUAAAAUUUUACCAAAACCACUAAUAACAAGCCAGCCUAAAUUAGUAAGAUAUAUUGAAGAACCAAAAACACCAGAACAAAGAUCUCAAGUUAUAGAUAAGCUUAUAGAGAAAAUAUUUAAAGAAAAUACAAAUGAAAUUGAUGUAUUCUUUAAGAGUAUGGCAGCUAGUGUUAAAAAAUUACAACCAAAUUUAAUACCUAAGGUUAAGAUGGAAGUGUGCAAUGUGAUAGCUAAGUAUGAAAUGCAAAGUUUUGAAAAAAAUGUGCAGAACAAUUGACAACAAUAUGUCUAUAAACAUAAAAUGUUAAAGCAGUGACUAUUUUAAUAUGUUUAUUAUAAAAGUGACAUUCAGAAAUUAGACUCAAGUGUCUAAAUAGUUAAGACUAAUCUACUAUAUGUAAAAAAUUUGCACUAAGUCUCAUUUCUGAAUAUGACCUUUAUCUCUUGGAUGUUAUAUCAAUAUAAAAUAGAGUAAUGCCAAACAUACACCAUGAACUAAACUAAUAUAUUACUAUGCCCGGUGUGAUAGUUAUAAUGUCAUUUCAUUUUAAAAAUGGUAUCUUAAUUGUUUAUGUUUAUAAAAAUUUAAAUUAUUUAACCGUAGCUGAGAAGGAUACAAACUCAAGAUUUAAUGUCAGCAACUUUCCCAUAUGUCAAAUAUUUACAGAAUUUGAUAUACGGGUCAUACUUAGCAUUAAGUCUCGACUCGUAAGUCUUGACCUAAGGGUUGUCUUCGCUGUUUAAUUACUAGAAAUGAAUUUGAUUUGAUUGGAAGCUGGUAUGAAGUUGGUUGUUCAGCUUAGCUAAAUAUGGCUAGGUCAGUUGGCAGUAGGUUUAUAGAUUCAGAGUUGCCUUUAAAAAAAAAAAAUUUUUAGGAAAGUGUCACUAGUUUUGAUAUCUAUUGUAUAUAAUAUUAUGGUCAGUCCUUACCUUAGUUACCUGUACAAUAAAUGGUUAGAUAUUUUUGCUUAGGUUAUUUUACAAAAUACAGGCCUUGAUUAUUUUUGUAAAUAUUAAAAUGUUUAUUGUAUUAAUGUUUAAAUAGAAAUACAUUUAUUGUUAAAAUUAUAGUUGUAGCAUUCUGCAACUGUUACUUAUGUUAGUAAA